AUGAAAUGGCAGAACCUACAGAAAUGGUGUCAGUACAAAUGCAGCUGCCAGCUGAAAGGCCAAAGAGCCACCCUGCAAGAGCUUUUCUGUGUUUCAGCAAUGAAGUGGACUCCCAGCGACCAUAUAGCGGCGCUCGGCGCGCCCCACCCGGCACUUGGCGGCGACCACUGCACAGACCCGGUUCCACUCGCUCGCGUGCCUCGCUCCGCUUCCUCCGCGACCAUGUCUGACAAACCCGAUAUGGCUGAGAUCGAGAAAUUCGACAAGUCGAAAUUGAAGAAGACAGAAACGCAAGAGAAGAAUCCACUGCCUUCCAAAGAAACUAUCGAACAGGAGAAGCAAGCCGGCGAGUCGUAAUGAGGCGUGCCCGGCCGAUAUGCACUGUACAUUCCACAAGCAUUGCCUUCUUAUUUUACUUCUUUUAGCUGUUUAACUUUGUAAGAUGCAAGGAAGUUGGAUCAAGUUCAAAUGACUGUGCUGCCCCUUUCUCACAUCAAAGAACUACUGACAACGAAGGCCGCGCCUGCCUCUCCCAUCUGCCUGUCUGGCUGGCAGGGAAGGAAAAGAACUUGCAUGUUGGUGAAGGAAGAGCUGGGUGGGACGACAGUGAAGUCUAGAGUUAAUACCAAGCUGGUCCAAGGUGUCCUGCAGGCUGUAAAAUGCAUUUUAAUCAGAGUGCCAUUUUUUUGUUCAAAUGAUUUUAAUUAUUGGAAUGCACAAUUUUUUUAAUAUGCAAAUAAAAAGUUUUAAAACGUG